AUGGGUCACAGCAUCAACGAGGCGUAUGAGAAGCUCGAGAAGAUUGGGCAGGGCACGUACGGGAAGGUGUACAAGGCCAGGGAGAGGACGACGGGUCGUCUGGUGGCGCUGAAGAAGACGCGCCUCGAGAUGGAGGAGGAGGGCGUGCCUUCCACGGCUCUCCGCGAGGUUUCCCUCCUGCAGAUGCUCAGCGAGAGCGCCUUCGUCGUCAGGCUGCUCAAGGUGGAGCACGUCGAGGAGGACGGCAAGGCCAUGCUCUACCUCGUCUUCGAGUACCUCGACCAGGACCUCAAGGGUUUCAUGGACCUCACCGGUCGCGGUCCGGCGAACCCCCUCAAGAAGGAAGUCGUGCAGGACUUCAUGUACCAGCUGUGCCUCGGGUGCGCGCACAUCCACCGCCACGGCGUCAUGCACCGCGACCUCAAGCCCCAGAACCUUCUCGUCGAUAAGGCUAAGAACGUGAUCAAGGUUGCGGACCUCGGCUUGGGACGCGCCUUCUCCGUCCCGGUCAAGUCGUACACGCACGAGAUCGUCACGCUGUGGUAUCGAGCGCCCGAGGUUCUCCUCGGCGGCUCUCACUACUCCACGCCGGUGGACAUCUGGUCCGUGGGUUGCAUCUUCGCCGAGCUCGCGCGCAAGCAGCCGCUCUUCCCGGGCGACUCCGAGCUCCAGCAGCUCCUCCACAUCUUCAAGCUCCUCGGAACGCCCAGCGAGGAUGUGUGGCCCGGAGUGACGCGACUGCGCGACUGGCACGAGUUUCCCCAGUGGAAGCCCCAGGACUUGAGCAAGGUGAUCCCCCAGCUGGACGCUCACGGCAUCGACCUCCUGCAGAAGAUGCUCGUGUACGACCCCGCCAAGCGCAUCCACGCCACCGAAGCGCUCGAGCACCCGUACUUUGACUCGCUCGACAAGAGCAGGUACGCCAAGAUCGAGGCGGCGUUUGAGAAGGAGAACCGCAAGGUCAACGCGUGAGUAAAAACAAAGGUUUUGGGGGCGUCGGUGUCGGGCGACGGGUGUUGACGGAGACGUCUCGUGAAACGGGGGACGCGCCCGGUGGGAGGAGGUGGGUGGGCCGUGGGACGACCUUUAGCGACGGGGGAAUACGGGGGGGGGGAGCUUUGCAAUGGGACAGGCUGGGGGGGACAUAAAUCUUUUGGUUGACUAGGACGGGGAGGGGAAGGGGCGCGCGCGCCCGGCGGGUCGCGGGGGAGGGGCGCGCGAGCCGACGCCUCCUUCAUUGUACAUUCGCGCCGUCGCACGGACGGUGGACGUGGGUUUUUUAAUAGACCAGACACACCUCACG